UAUUUAACUGUUAUUUUAAGCUUUACAAUCGUGUAAAAUAAAUAAGGUUAUGAAAUAUUGUUUCAUGUGAUAUUUACUCUUGAAAACGUAACACAAAUUUACCACAGAAUAUGGAUUCAAUUAAAACUGAUAAUAUACCGAAACAAGCUAUGGUAUAUAUUUGUGGAGAAUGUCAUCACGACAAUGAAAUUCGUCCAAGAGAUCCCAUACGGUGCAGGGAAUGUGGUUACAGAAUCAUGUACAAGAAGCGUACUAAGCGUCUUGUUGUAUUUGAUGCUCGUUGAAUA